AUCUCCACUUCUACGCCGACAACACAUCCGCCCUGGCGACGAUCUUUGACCCAAAACCUCGAGCCGGACAACUAUACGCACAUCAGUUCCACAAGGCCAUCUGUGGAUUCCUCGAGGGCGACCCGCAAAGGACAGUAGAGAUCGCGUGGUCCCCGGGGCAUUGCAACAUCGAGGGCAAUGAACGCGCAGACGAACUGGCAAAGAGCGGUACCGAACUUGCAGCACCAGCACUCACCACUCGAGCGUUCGCUCUGAGACAGUCGAAAGAGAGGAUACAACAUGCUUGGCGACGGGAAUGGAAACGCAAACCCAAGUCCGGCCACUACGCAAAGCGGACAACGGGAAUUAUUUGGAAGGGUGAUACAGUGCAGGACGGGACAUGGAUACCUAGGCGAGUUCUACCAACGCUUCAAUAUUCCCGAGGACGUUGACUGCCCAUGCGGAGAGCCAAUCCAAACACGAGAUCACGUCCUACGAUGGUGCCCACUGUACAACGAACACCGACCCGUCAUCCGCGCGACAUCAGCUAACUUUUACGAAGAAAUAAUCCUUGGCACGAAAGAAGGCAUCGUCGCUUUGGCCCAGUUCCUGAAAGAUUCAGGAGCCUUCACCCGAAGCGGACACCCAUGGAAGGACUGCGACCUCCCCACACUCAUCAACGAACCGGACCCAGAAAUCUCGGAAGACGAAGAAGACGAGAACGGAUAGUUCUUAACGACGUGGCCCCGACCGGCUAUGGCCAAGCCCACCCCCUCAUCCCUCCUCCAUCCUAUAUGCACAUGCAUCAUUACGACGCGCUGGAAACCCCCGCACCGACAACGCCACUCUCGGCCUCGCAAACCCGAAAGCUCUCACCCAAGGAGAUCAACACCAACAGUAAACAUCCUCAUACUUGCGUUCACCUCCCCGCUGCCUUCGGGCACCGCUUCUUAGUACUUAGAUACUUGCUGCGGAAUACAAAUGCAGAAUCAGACAAA